AUGGCAACGGCGGGGAUACGGAAGCGUAGAUAUGAGGAAGAGUUCUUUGAGCCGCCAGGCCCGUCAAACUACUAUGCCGUCCCUACGACGUCCGCAGUGGUUUCGCCCACCAAUGGAGCAAGGAAUGGGGGCUCGGACGUCAUCCUAGUUCAUUCGCAAUCACCACCGGCGCCUCGGCCGCUACACGACCUUUCCUAUUAUGCGCAAUCAGAUUCGCUCCUCCACUCGCCAUACCGUUCAUUACAUCAAAACACACAAGCAGCACCACCACCGCGAAAUCAACAGCACCUGUCUUCACAGAGAGAGCAGAUGAACCACGCAUAUCAGCAGAUUUUACCCCCACCAUCACCAUCGUACGCCUACCCUGCCCCGGCAACCUCGCUGUACAGUCAUAUCCCGGUAGCGCAGGCGCCGCCACAGAAUGUCUCAAAGUACCCGCAGCAGAACGAUCCAUACCCAUCAGAUGUAUUAUCGAUGCUUCGUUACCCACAAUACGCCCCACAGUACCUACCGCAAUACCCUCCACAGCUCAACAUUCCCUCGCACCUGUCCCUGUCGCAAACGGGCUACUCAUCCGCACCAUCCUCCGGGAAUGGAUACGCUCUACCAUCGUCACCAGCCGAAAGCUCUCGCAGCUAUGCAACGACCGCCGAAUCUCACUCGCGUCAAAAUAGCCCAAGUCUCCGUUUUCCACCGUAUUCCCAUCCUCAACAGCACCCAGCUGCUGCACUUUUACCCGUACCACAGUACCAGUAUCGUCCCCUCCCACCGCCACCUCGGCAGUAUCACCAGCGACUACCAUCGGUUGAGCCUACUCUUCCAUCAAUUAUCGACUUGACACAUUCUCCCCCGAAUUCCACCCUCGAGAAUCCGAGUAAGCGGCGGAAAACGGACGCAUACUAUGACCCGAGUACAGUACAGCAGCAGCAACAGCAGGUGCCGAUAUAUCCGCAACCGUAUCAACGGUUACAAGCCCCCUUACCCAAACCAGUGAUUGAAUCACCUGCUUAUCAAAUUGACAGUCCCAAGGCUGCUGAACCAUCAUGCGCCGACAAGGACGGGCAUUUCAUCGUGACGAUCAAUGGUGACCUGACGUCUAGAUACAAGAUCCUGAAGCUACUUGGCCAGGGGACAUUCGGCAGAGUAGUCGAGGCAUUCGACCGUGUCACGACCAACCGCGUUGCGAUUAAGAUCAUCCGUGCUGUGCAGAAAUAUCGUGAUGCAUCGAAAGUGGAAAUCAGAGUGCUGAAUACGCUACGGACGAACGAUCCAUACAACUCAAAGCAAUGCAUUCACUUACUGGAAACCUUCGACUUCCGCAACCACAUCUGCAUGGUCUUUGAGCUUCUGAGCCAAAGCGUGUUUGAUUUCCUGAAGGACACUGGGUUCGUCCCGUUUCCGAUCUUGCACACCAGGGAUUUCGGAUGGCAGAUUCUGGAAGCUGUGGCGUUCUUGCACAGCCUUGAGUUGAUUCACACGGAUUUGAAGCCUGAAAACCUCAUGCUAGAGAACAAUGCAACAAAGAUUGUGCCCGGGCCGAGGAGAAACAGCAAGCCCCGCCGGGAACUCGUAACAACGAGACUACGGCUCAUCGAUUUCGGAAGCGCCAUCUUUGAAGACGACUACCACAGUUCGGUGGUCAGCACACGACACUACCGCGCCCCGGAGAUCAUCCUCUCGACUGGGUGGUCUUAUCCUUGUGAUAUGUGGUCGGUCGGAUGCAUAUUGGUGGAGUUCUGUACUGGAGAUGCGUUGUUCCAGACUCAUGACAACCUGGAGCAUCUAGCGUUGAUGGAAGCUGUUCUGGGUCCAUUUCCGGCGCAUCUGGCACAUAAGUUAGGCUUCGCUAAAAUUGCGCUCAAAAACAGCACCAACAAAUCCGGCGCCAAAUAUUUCAAAAAUGGCCGCCUGAACUGGCCGUCCGCAGAAACAACAAAGCAAAGCAUCAAAUACGUCGCGAAACAGAAAUUGCUCCGCGACAUCAUCAACCCUAAAACGGACCUCCAAGAAGCACUGCUGGAUCUCAUCCAGAAGAUGCUCGUCUAUGACCCGGCGGAACGUAUAUCGGCUGUCGAUGCGCUUAAGCAUCGGUUUUUUAGGCUUGCUGCGAGUUGA